AAUCAAAAUGAAUUAAAUGAAUAGUGUGAGAAGUCAAAACAUUUCAAUUAUUAAAUACGGAGGAAGUACUCCCUCUACUAGCAAAAUAAUCUUUAUAUUCAAAUCAUGCCAAAUCAAAUCAUAUAAUUUCUUUUUUUUUUUUUUUGACAGGCAAAUCAUAUAAUUUCAUUUACUAACCAAGUUUAAUUCUGAUAAUCACGUGUUAAAGUAUUAAUUAUUUACCCGUCCAAAAGUAUCAAUUAUUUAAAUACUCUCCUAUCAAACACGUCGGUUACCUUUCUCUCCACGCAUAAUCCUUGCUCGCCAAGCAAAUAAAAAAACCCACAAAAAAAAAAAAAAAAAAAAAAAAAAAAAAGCCUCUUUAAAAGUCAAACUCUCUCCUUUUAUAAAUAACACCAAAACUCGCACCCCAAAAAAUACACUCAUUGCGCUUUAAACGUUCACAUCUUUUAAUCCCUUCAUUUUUUAUUUUUUUUUCAUCCCAUUUCUCUCUCAAAAAACCCAAAAAACUAACCCUAGAGAAAUUCUCUGAAAAUCAUUUUUUUUUUUUUUUGUAAUCCCAUUUCUCCCCUAAAAAACCCAAAAAAUUAACCCUAGAGAAAUUGUUUGAAAAUCAAAAUGAGAAGAGAAGGGCGUCCACAUGGAAUGGUCCGUACAUACCAUAUAUUACCUUCACCAUUGAACCCGAGACCCACCUCUCGAAUCGUAAACCCGGUUAAUACACCCCCUACUGCUGGCCUUUUCACCAAGGUCAAUAACAAACCCACCAACCACUCUAAAUUCACUGGAAAAUGUGAAAAAUCGCGGUGUGCCGGGUGCCAUCUACACCCAUCUUGGAAGUCUAAGGUUAAGUCUAAGGGUGCUUUAAAACUUAAAAACGCUGAUGCUGAACUGGAUUACCGCCAUGUUACUUUUCGCGUUAUGGGUUCCAAUAAAUUACGUGAUAAUGGGUAUUCUGCUUCGGGUAUUCUUGAUGAGUUGAAUAUUCAUUAUCAUCAUAAUCAUGAUCUUCGUUAUGAUGAUCAUGGUAAUUAUUAUGAUGAUGAUGGCGACGAUGAUGGUGAUGAUGAUGAGAAGGUAGGGAUAAGACAGGUUUUAAUUGAAACAACGUCGACUCAUAGUGAUGUUAAUGAUGAUGUUCAUGUUCAUGAUGUUGUUAAGAAUGAUGAUGAUGAUGAUGUUAUGGUGGAUAAAGAUGAUGAUGAUGUUAUUAUACAUGCGGGUGUAACGGAUGAUGGGGAUGAUGGGUAUAUGGGAUUUUAUGAUGUUGCAUAUGUGCUUAAUCAUGUGGAUGAAGAUGAAGGUUGGUCUAUUGUUGGAGAUGAUAAGAUUUGAUUAUGUUGAUUAUUUUUUAAUUAACUUAUUGUAAUUACUCAUUCUCCUAUAUUCCCUUUUUUGAAGGGAAAAAAAAAAAAGAUAUGUCUAUAUUCCCCGAAAUUAUCAUUUAGUUUGUUUUAUAUUCUAUAAUAAAUAAUAAUAUUCAAGAUGAAUAAUUUAUAUUUUGUGAA